CCACAUAUCCACUUACCCACAUACCCACAGUUCUCUCCGCUUCCUUUGAGGGGUUUUCUGGAGACAUUACCUACCUAUCGGGCUCGCAAACUAUAAAGGCUGUUGAACUUCCAGCGUUUUCAGGCUUGCUCAGACCACAACUGUACAACUUCUUGCAACAAACACACGUUGCAAACUUCCUCGAACCCAAACUCCACACAUUCUAUCACCAUGUCGGCACCUUCCCUAGCAGCCCCUUCAACGGGCAUGCGUCGCCUCUCUGCCAGUGAGGCCACCAGCGACAACAUCAAGAUGGGCCCAACGGUCGUCGUUCCCCCACAACAUCUCAUGGCUCCGUCGUCAAAAGCAUCCGAGAUUGCUAGUGCCUUUGAGACCGCUAGACAUCACCUUGACGCUGCCAACACUCCUGGAUCUCCUGGCUACACCCCCCCGGAGACUUCCGUUACGGACAAAUACGCCUUCGCUUUUGAUAUCGAUGGUGUCCUCAUCCGAGGCGGACGACCCAUCCCAGAAGCCGUUGAAGCCAUGAAGAUGCUCAACGGUGAGAACGAGUACGGCAUUGUUGUACCAUACAUUUUCGUCACAAACGGUGGCGGCAAGACUGAAGCCGAGCGAUGCGUGCAACUCAGCAAGCAAAUGGAGAUGGAAGUAUCGCCUGGACAAUUCAUUUGCGGACACACACCCAUGAGGGAGAUGGCAGAGAAGUACAAGACCGUUCUCGUCGUUGGAGGCGAGGGCGAGAAGUGUCGCAUUGUCGCCGAGGGUUACGGCUUCAAGGAUGUCGUUACUCCAGGAGAUAUCAUCAAGGACAACCAAGAUACCACACCAUUCCGCAAGCUCACUGAGGAAGAAUACAAGAACUCGCGAGUCCGUAACUUCGCUGAGGUUGACAUUGACGCCAUUUUUGUUUUCGCCGAUUCCCGCGAUUGGGCAUCGGAUCAGCAGAUCAUCCUCGACUUGCUGAUGUCGAAGAACGGUCGUCUUGGAACCCGAUCUGCCAACUUCGACGAAGGUCCACCAGUCUUCUUCUCCCACAACGAUGUCGUCUGGAGUGCUUCUCACGACCUUACCCGUAUUGGUAUGGGCGCUCUCCGUGUCUCGCUCGAGGCCAUGUUCAAGGCUGUUACUGGUCGCGAGCUCAAGACAACCGCAUUUGGCAAGCCUCAGAUUGGCACUUUCGAAUUCGCUACCCGCCUUCUUGCCGAGUGGCGUCGCGACACCCACGGUAUCGACUCGGCUCCAUCAACUGUCUACUUUGUAGGUGACACACCCGAGUCCGAUGUGAGGGGUACCAACGAGUACAACGAGCACACCGACUCCGCAAACUGGUACUCUAUCCUAGUCGAGACUGGUGUCUACCAGCGCGGCACCACACCUCGCUUUGAGCCCAAGGCUAUCGUGAAGAACGUUCUGGAUGCUGUCAGGCACGGCAUGGAGCGCGAGUACAAGAAGGCCCUCCGGGAGAGCAUGAUGGAGACUGGUGUGCUUGAGGAGUAGAAGUCUUUUGACUCUCUUCUCUCUUUCUCUUGUUUGCUUUUCGUUAUGCAUAGCACGGCGUAUGGGUAGUACCUCAUUUGAUUUCGGCAACUAUAAUGCAGCAGUCGCUAUAGGUCAUGGACAUAGCUAGAUC